GCCCCCGUUAUCACCAACAACCAAGACCUCACCUACGUGGCACAUAUCCUCCGGGAUCCGCACAGCGGAAUAGAAGGGGUCGUGACCGCAUCGCCGGGGCCAAACAACACCGGCGUGCAGAUCAAACUGCACUUCUCUGGCCUUCGAGAAACGAGCAGAUACCUCUACCACAUCCACUACCAACCCAUGCCCGAAUCCGGUGAUUGCAAGGGCACGGCGGGACUUCUCAACCCUUACAACGCCCAGGAGGAUCCCUGUAAUGCGGCCGAGCCCCAGACCUGUGGCGUGGGUGAUCUGAGCGGUAAACACGGGUUCCUCAUCGCAGAUGACUAUGGCACUGUCGCGGCGGUGUACGAGGAUAAGUAUCUGUCCAACCAGCCGGAUUCGGUAGCGUACUUUGGCAAUCGCUCCGUGACGAUCCAUGCGGAUGAUGGGGGCAGGUAUAACUGUGGGAACUUUGAGUUG